GCGUGGUCAAGGCGCUGGCGCACUUUGGCUGCCAGCUGAUGGUGGUGUUCGUGCACCUGACGCCGGCGUCGGGCGCGCCCGUGCGCCGCGUGCUCGAGAUGACCGAGCCCAGCGACGCUUGGUUCGACCCCGGCGCAGGCCAGGAGAUGCACAAGCGCAUCAUAAUCCACUUCCAGGACGACCUGUCCGAGGAAUCGCAGCUCACGCUGAUGGACGUGUUGCGCUCCUCGCUGGGCAAGGAACGCGUGGAGGAGAUUUCUCAGGACGAGGCCAACAGGAUCCUGGUGAUGGCGGCGCCGCCGCAGCUGGCCAGCACGCUGCAGGCGCAGCAGCGGCACGCCGUGCAGACGAUCCUGCACUUCCCGCCGCCGCCGGCGUCCGGCGCCAUCGCCGUCAACACCGACGACUACUGCUGCCUCGAGGAGGAACAGUUCCUCAACGACGUCAUCAUCGACUUCUACCUGAAGUACCUGGUGUCGUCGCGUCUGGCCGAGCCGGACCGGCGGCGGACGCACGUCUUCAGCUCGUUCUUCUACAAGCGACUGACGACACGGCCUAGCAGCCGCCACGGCCGGCGGCCGGCCGAGGACAGCCUCCGCCUUUCGGCCGCGCAGAAGCGGCACGCACGCGUCAAGGGCUGGACCAAGAACGUCGACAUCUUCGACAUGGACUUCCUCAUCGUGCCCAUCAACGAGCACUCGCACUGGUUCCUGGCCAUCAUCUGUUUCCCGGGCCUGGAGGGGUACCGGCGCCUCAGCGACGACCAGCCGUGCGAGGCGCCGCAGCCGAGGAGGGCGCGCCGGCCCUCCGCCGCCGCCGCUCCGCCGCCGCCCGCCGCCCCCGCCGCCGUCGUCCCCGCUCCGGCGCCGGUGCCGACGCAGGUCGGCAACACGCUGAUUGUGCCGUUGCCGGCCGAGCCGCUGGCCGAGCAGUUGGACGACAGCGACCGCGACGAGGCCGAGCCCGACGACGAGGAGCUGGACGCCGAACUGGACGAGCCGUGUGAACCGGCGGCGGCCGCGGACGAGCCGGCGCCUGCCGACACCGACGCCUACGACUGCGAGCUAGAGGCGCCCAUCCCGGCCGUCUGCACCAAGGACGUGCCCGAGACGGCCAUUAAGCAACCUUGCGUGCUCAUCUUCGACUCGCUGGCGGGCGCCAGUCGAUCGCGUGUGGUGGCGACGCUGCGCGACUACCUGCGCGUCGAGUACAGCGCCCGGAAGGCGGCCGACCGGCCCUUCAGCAAGGACACGAUGAAGGCGUGCUGCGCCAAGGUGCCGCAGCAGACCAACUUCAGCGACUGCGGCGUCUACGUGCUGCAGUACGUCGAAAGCUUCUUCCAGAACCCGGUGCUGGACUUCCACGUGCCGCUGCUGCCGCUGCAGCACUGGUUCCCGCUUGCGCGCCUGCGGCGCAAGCGGGAGCAGCUGGCGCGCCUCAUCGAGCGGUUGUCGCGGCGCCAGAACCCCGAGCGCACCCUGUCGCUGCCGCGCCUGCUCUUCAACUCGGCCGCGCCGCCGCCGACGGCCGACGGCACGCCGCCGCGGCCGGUGGUGGUGGCCCGGCCGGCCGCCGGUGCCAAGCAGGUGGCGAUGGCGCCGCGGCUGGCCGGCCACGAGCCGCCGCCGACCGCCAAGAAGGUGCUGAUGCUGACGCCUGCGCAGCAAGGGACCGCGACCGGCAAGCCGGUGUACAUGACAUUGCCGCGGCAGGCGGGCGCCGGUCAGCGGCAGGCGGUAGUGGCGCACCGGCAGGCGGCGCCCGUCGGCAGGGCCGUGGUGGCCGCGCAGAUGCAGGUGGUCACCUCGCCCUGCCGCCCCGUACGCCUCUGA